AAAUUCUUACAUUGUUCCACCCAAAACAAUAAAAUUUGAUCGUCAGUCAACAUUACACUUACAACUCUGUUGAAAUAUGAGACUGCCUAUUGUUCUGAGUUUGAUGAUAAAGCCAUCAAGUGGCUUUUAAUUAAUUUGUUGUUUUUAUUGAGUGUGCAAGCAGUUGACGACAUUAAAUUGAGAUCGAGAGUGAAACUUCAAUUAGAAACUUCCUCUGCCGCCUUUAUCACUUCAGAUAGUUGUCAGUUGGAUACUGUUGAACUGCUCUUAUCAACUUUAUCUUCGUAAACAUUUGUUGAGACGUAUCUAUGAGAAUCGAAUAUUGAAGGGAAGAUGAGCGAUGAUGUAGUAUGUAACAGUGGGAUGGUACCAAUCAAUCUGAACUCAAAAGAGGCUCAACAACUUGUCGAAAAAUUAUUUGGAUUAUCAGUAAUCGAAUUAAAAUCCCUUGUCUCCUAUGAUGAUAAAAACUACCAUGUUACAGUUUCAAGUAGCGAGAACCCUUUGAUCCCAGAUUUGUGGAAGCAUGGAUAUGUUCUGAAGAUUAUGAACUCUGUCGAUUCAAGAAACAUACCAUUUGUAGAGGCUCAAAAUGAACUCAUGAUAUUUUUAAAUGAAAACAAUGUUUCUACACCAAGACCAGUGAAAAAUGUUGAUGGAAGUUAUCAUUCCAUCUUGGAAGUCAGCCUUGAGGAAGGAGGCUCAGUUAGCUACGUGGUGCGACUUCUAACGUAUCAACCUGGGUUGCUAUUGAAAGAUGUCAAACCAUCAAGUGCCUUAUUCUACAGUAUUGGGCUGUUUGCAGCGAAUUUGGAUCUCAAAAUGAAGGAAUUCAGCCAUGAGGGGUUUUCUUCGAGACGUACCUCUUGGAGCCUGGAGUGUUUACCCCAAGUGAGAAGUCAUCUCUUUGUGCUGAAAGAUGAAGAUAAACUUGGCAUUGUCAAUGAAAUCAUUGAACAAUUCGAGGAGAAUGUAAUUAGUAGGCUAGAAACUUUACAGAAAGGCCCAAUACACGGUGAUCUGAAUGAGCAAAAUAUAAUAGUUGAGAAAACAGAAUCCGAUUAUGAGAUGUGCUCGAUCAUUGACUUCGGGGACUCGCAUGUGUCAGCUUACUUGUUCGAGCUGUCCAUACUGAUGUGCUACCUACUCAUGUUGACACAGUCAGCCGAUGAGGGGAGGGAUGUGGUGGCUGGAUACUCCUAUUUAUUGAAACUACCGGAGGACGAACUCAAACUAUUGAAAGUGUGUAUCUGUGGUCGAUUGGUUCAAAGCUUGGUAUUGGGACUCUACUUUUACUCUAAAAACCCUUCCAACACAUACAUCCUAUGUACCCAGGAGGAAGGUUGGAAACUUUUGAAAAAACUUUGGCAAAUUGACUCGGACACUCUCCAUACUUUGUGGUGUUCCGGAAUUAAUUCAAUCAGAGAAAAUUGAUUGGAUGAUAUCUACUGAAAUAAUUCAAGUAUUAAUAUAGCAAUAAUCUGACGUUUCAAUAGCAAUAACAUUUUAAAAUAUAAGUGAUACACUAGGCUAUAUCUAUAUUAAUUUAUUGAAUACGAUAUAAAUAAAAAUACAUUGAAUUCUAUACAUUUACAGUAGAAAUCCAAUUAUCGGAAUUUGGGAUCGGGCCUCAUUCUGUUACAGUAAUCAAAUUAUUUGAGUUUUCAGACAAAAACAGGAAAUUAAGAAAAAACUUUAUUACAAAUUCUACAUAGCAUUUUUACUUUAAUUAUAACUGUUAAAUACUACACUGUAAGAACUGAACUUUGCUAAAUGAGUGUUAAUGCUCUUUGAAUAGAUCUGAAAUUCGCGGAGAUUUCGCCUAUUUAUAUACGAUGUGAUUUUAAGCGACUCGUAUUUUAAGCGAUUCGGAUUAUCGACAAUUUGGAUAAUUGUACCUCUACUGUAUUCAGAUUGGUCCAAUGUUAACAUUUCAUGAAUAUUGGAAAAAAUAUGUUGAAUGGUAUCCUCGUCUUCUAGUAUAGCCUACUCUCUUGUUGUGAUAUUGUAUUCUACAGAGUGUUUCAGAAGUAGUGUCAAACAUUUUAGGGUAUUGUUCCUAGAUGAUAGGAGACUACAAAUUUCGUAUUUGAAGUGUCCAAAACUCAGCGGUUAUCGUUAUAGCUGCCAUUUUGUUUUUUCACUUAGGAAUUUUCAUCUCAAGAACGAAAUGUUGUAUUGAUCUGAAAUUUGGCAUGAAUAAUAACGCUAUAAAGACUCCACUUUUAAAAAUAAAAUAAAAAAAAUUCAAUGUAAAUAUUCAAAAUUUCGGCCAUUAUAAAAUUUUGAUUGCAAAUUUCACGAAAACCGUUCACUUUACAAAAAAAUUACAAGAGACACAAAAGUUGGCAAAUUUCAUCAAGAUUUCAAGGUUAGGUACCUUAUUUA